CACGGCCCACGCAAAGUGAAACAACGAAAGGCAAACAGCAAAGCUUAUAACACAUCCGAAGCAUCAUCCAUCCCCUGAGUUGACAGCUUCCUAAUCGCAGUUCCUCCUCGCCCAAAUCGAGCAGCCAUGUCGCUGAUUCCCCGCGGCAACGCCUUCGACCCCUUCUCCGUCGACCUCUGGAACCCCUUCGACGGCUUCCCCUUCGGCUCCGGCAGCAGCAGCAGUGGUGGCAGCCUCUUCCCCUCGUUCCCGCGCACAUCCUCUGACACGGCGGCCUUCGCUGGGGCGCGCAUCGACUGGAAGGAGACGCCCGAGGCGCACGUGUUCAAGGCGGACGUGCCGGGGCUGAAGAAGGAGGAGGUGAAGGUGGAGGUGGAGGACGGCAACAUCCUCCAGAUCAGCGGCGAGCGGAACAAGGAGCAGGAGGAGAAGACGGACACCUGGCACAGGGUGGAGCGCAGCAGCGGCAAGUUCCUGCGCAGGUUCAGGCUCCCGGAGGACGCCAAGGCGGACCAGAUCAAGGCGGCCAUGGAGAACGGUGUGCUCACCGUCACUGUGCCCAAAGAGGAGGCCAAGAAACCCGAGAUCAAGUCCAUCCAGAUCUCCGGCUAGGCUGCUGCAAGAUUAAGGUUCAGUUCGCUGCUCUAAGGUUCAGCUCGCUCUUUUGUGCCUUUAGCUGGUGUGGAUAUGGGUCCGUGUUGAGCAUCAAGUGUGGCCUUGUCAGUGCUGUGUUCAAUGUCCGUGUCCAGAGUUACUCAUGUAAUGCAAGUUAGUCAUGUAAUGCAAGCAUCGAGUCCAAAGUGUGAUCUACUCCUGUGAUCAACUUGUACUGAUUUGAACGAGCGAGUCACAGUUUUCUCUUAA